UUGUUUGUUCGUGAGAGGCAGAGACACAGGCAGAGGGAGAAGCAGGCUCCUCGCAGGGAGCCGGAUGCGGGACUCGAUCCCAGGACCCCAGAAUCACACCCUGAGCCAAAGGCAGACGCUCAACCCACUGAGCCACCCAGGAAGACCUCCGUGUGGAUGGCCGUGGCUGUGAGGACUACCGAUGUGUUGAAGUAGAAACUGAUGUGGUGUCUAACACCAGUGGGUCAGCCAGGGUCAAACUAGGUCACACAGACAUCUUGGUGGGAGUGAAAGCAGAAAUGGGGACGCCAAAGCUGGAGAAACCAAAUGAAGGCUACUUGGAGUUCUUUGUUGACUGGCCUCCUGACUUCCUGGGCCCGCCCGAGGGAAGUAUUCCACUCUCCAGAGAGUUCGUUAUUGCUGCCAAGUUCAGCCAAUGCUACCCCUGAGUUUGAAGGCCGAGGAGGUGAUGACCUUGGCACAGAGAUUGCUAACACCCUCUACCGGAUAUUUAACAACAAGAGCAGCGUUGACCUGAAGUCCCUCUGCAUUAGUCCCCGGGAGCAUUGCUGGAUUCUCUAUGUGGACGUGCUGCUGCUGGAAUGUGGUGGGAAUUUGUUCGACACCAUCUGCAUUGCCGUGAAGGCUGCUCUCUUCAACACAAGGAUACCAAGAGUUCGUGUUUUAGAGGAUGAAGAGGGGUCCAAGGACAUUGAACUCUCAGAUGACCCUUAUGACUGCAUCCGGCUAAGUGUGGAGAAUGUCCCUUGCAUUGUCACCCUGUGCAAGAUUGGCUAUCGGCAUGUAGUGGAUGCUACUCUUCAGGAGGAGGCCUGCUCUUUGGCCAGCUUGUUGGUGUCUGUGACCAGCAAGGGAGUCGUAACAUGCAUGAGGAAAGUGGGAAAGGGCAGCCUGGACCCAGAGAGCAUCUUCGAGAUGAUGGAGACUGGCAAGCGAGUGGGCAAGGUGCUGCAUGCCUCCCUGCAGAGCGUCCUACACAAGGAGGAAAGCCUGGGGCCCAAGAGACAGAAAGUUGGAUUCCUGGGGUGACUUGCACAUCAACACAAAUGUGGGGUGUUUGUUAUUUUGCUUUCCUCUUAAGCCGCAGUUUGUAUAUAUUUUUCUUAUCUAUUAUGAAUUUGAGCUGCCAUUUGUACCUGUAAAAUUAAAGUAUAUUUUCUAGUUUG